GGGUAGCGAGAUUUCAGCGAGAUCACAACAUCAUUGCCGCCAUAUUUGAAAGAAAUUUUCCAAACGGCUUUCUAAUGAAUUUAUGCCAUGAAGCGUGUAAAAGUUACUACAUUUAAACAGUUAGAGUCUGCUGAUCAUGUUGAAGAUAGUGACACCGAAUUUGAAGAUGACUACAUUGAUGUUAGAAAUGCAAAGCGCAAAAUAGCCAGGAAACGUGAAAAAACAUCAAAUGUAUUAAAAGAUAAGGAGACAGACUUCAAUGUUAUUUGCAACCUUGUGAAUUCGCCAUGCUGUGAGAAAAAAUGUUUAAGCACCAGUAAUGUUCAGACAAUUCAGACCUGUAGAGCUAUGUUCUAUAAAAAGACACAAGAAGAACAGUCAGAUUUCAUUGAAAGAAACAUAAGGUGCAAUGAUGCCAGUUUAGAAGACAAACAGUUGACUUUUGUGCUGACUGGUAGGAGAGUAUGUGAAUAUGCAUGGAGGAUUGUGUAUGGCAUAAAAAGGAGGAGGUAUUACUACAUGAAAAAGAAAUGUAGGUCUACUAAUGAAGAUUUAGACAAUUCUGACAAAAGAUGUAGCCAACAAUACAAGAGUCGCCAGUACCUUGAAGCAAAGAGUUUUGUUACAGGUCUAUGCAAGAGAUAUGGUGAUGAUCAGCCUGAUAUUCUGGAAAUACAUUUGCCAUCAUGUCUCUCUAUACUACAAGUUUGGACAGAUUACAAAUCUUCCUGUGAGAAUUUAGGAUCACCCUAUUUAUCAUACCAGAGGUUCUAUGGAAUGUGGAUUGAAGAGUUUCCUCAUGUUAAGAUUCCAAAGUAUCAGAAGCUCAGCAAAUGUAAUGAGUGCGUAAUCUUUAAAGAGACCAUCAGCAAAAAACUGACAAAGAUCGAUUUGGGAGAGCUGAAGGACAAGAGAAGAGCACACUUGCUUCUUCAAGAAAUCUGCAGGGAAAAAUAUUAUAAACACAUAAAGAAAUCCAAAGAACAUCCAAGCAUGUACACUUCUGUAAUCAUUGACAAUAUGGAUCAGUCCAAAACCAAUCUACCAAGGUUUCCAUUACAUUUUAAGAAUGAAACAACACUUGAAAAAAUGCACCACCAUGUUACAGGUGUUUUAUGUCAUGGAUUAAAUAAGGCAUAUACAUUUACAUGGACAGAUCAGUUUUCCUCUGAUUGCAAUAUCACCUUGAAUUGUUUGAUGUCUGUGUUGGGCGAUGUAGCAACAGAAAAUGGUGGUUUACCUCCUACACUAUAUAUUCAAGCUGAUAAUUCCCCAAAAGACAACAAAAAUAAAUAUGUGAUAAUGUUCCUAGCAAUGUUGGUGAAAAUGGAAAUUGUAAAAAAGAUAAAGCUGACAUUCCUCAUGGUGGGUCACACCCAUGAGGAUGUUGAUCAGUUAUUCAGUAGGAUUUCUGUUAAAGCUUCAAAAGAAAAGACAACAACCAUCCCAAGCCUUUUGGAUCUGAUCAAAAGGUCUUACACACCACAACCUAUUGCAAAGCAUGUAGAAUCACUGUAUGAUUUCCGGGAUCAGAUGGCAUAUCCAUCCAGUCUAGCUGGAAUCAAAAGUCAGCACGUAUUCAAAUUGACAAAGGAUGGAGACAAAGUUUUCUUGGCCAUGAAAGAAUGGCCAUUGGAGUCAGCACCAUACAAAACAUUGGAGCUGACUAAUAUAUUACAGAAUCUCGACAUGCCGAGGAAGGUGGAACCAAACAUGGAAAAGAUUGGUGGUAUCAUACAGUUGAUGAGACGAGAUCUUCCAAAAUGGGUUCAAAAUGGAAAGUUAAACAGAGAAGAUGAACUUUGGUGGAUCAGCUACCUAUCUACCCUUGAGAAAACAAGACGCCCUGCACCAAAGACUCCUUUGCCACAAAAUAUGGGACGUUACAAGAAACCACAACAUGAACAACCAGCUAUGGAAGGUAAUUUGUUGGCUGCGAUCAACAACCAUAUCCAGACUUUUGAGAGAAACACCGCAGUUAGGAUUGUUACACACCGACCACGGGUUUAAGUCCUCAAAACUAAUUCUAUUUUGUAUAUUUUGUAUAUUUUGUAUAUAUAUUUACCUCCUAGGAACAUUUGAUAGAUAAUCUUCUUAUGUCAUAUGAGCACCAAAUUUUGUGUCUAUAAAUGAAAUGACUUCUGUAUGUUUGUUUCAAAGAUUAAUUCGUAGAAACUUGUAGCUGCUGUCCUUUAGUGAAGACAGUUCAGCAUUUUAUAAGCAUGAUAAGUGACAACAUGUUUAAGCAGUUGACUGUAUGAAACUAAAUAUCAUUCACAUUAAUGUACAGUACUGUAGUUUGCAAUUGUUGUAUGGAAUUUUGAUUCAUGAUUAUUUUGAAAACUAAGUGUUUUUGUAUAGCAGUGCUAUAUCUUUAAUGUUCAC